AAUAAAAAAAUCGUAAUAUAUAAUUGUUUCUUUGAACUGGUUUUUCCAAAAACUUUGACGGGUGGUAGCCACCCCUAAACUUAGUGUAAAAAAAAAAAUAAAAAAAAUUAGUAUUCGUUAAUAGCCUCCUAAGGCCCAAUGGCUUACCUGUAGUACUUGGAGAGUUCGUCAUACAGACCCAGCUCAAUAAUCGGUCGUGUAGUCAUAGCGUACCACGGUCCUACGAGUAGGUCUUGAAACAAAUGCCGGCAUUUUGAUUUAAAAUUUCGCGCUAAUCUAAAAUGACGUUUCUCAAUUUCUAAACGAAUAGUUUGCCUUGUCUAUGAACAUAGUACGAAGGUCGAAAAAAAAAACAAAGUGUCAAACUGACAGUUUCCAGUCGGCAACAUGGGAGGUGCGCGAGGAAGAGGUUUGAAUGAUAAAGAAAUAGAAUUCGCACUCAGCGAUUCUGAAAUUGAAUUGGAGGACGACGAUGGUACAGAUUUGUGCGACACAGACACAAGAUUUGUGCCAAAUGGAUCCAGAGACAAUUUCUCUAGUUCUGAUGAUGAUGUACCUCUGUCGGAACUAGUUUGUAGACCUACCCGAGGCAGACCCAGAUCGCGACGUGCAGGAUCGCGACGUGCAGCUUCUAGAGGGCGUCGUCGAGGUGCGUCAAGAAGAGGAAGAUCCCGAUCUCGCAGUAUAGUAACGAUUGAUCAAAAAGAACGUCAAGAAUUUGAAAUUGAGGAGACCGCACGUGAGUGGCUAGAAACUGAUUUUAAUCCACCUGAAAUUCCGUUUACUCAGCCAGCGUAUUUUGAGAACGACUCUUCUCAAUUUUUGGACUACUAUGAUUACUUUAAGCAGUACAUAGAUGACGACCUGAUUCAACUAGUUGUUGCAAAAUCGAAUCAAACUCAUAUACUGAAGACCGGAAAAUCACUGGAUUUAUCCAAUUCCGAAUUAUAUGUCUAUUUAGGCAUUAACAUGAUUAUGUCUACUAUCAACUACCCGAUGUUGAGGAUGUACUGGGAGAAGGAGUUUCGCAUUGCUAUUAUCGCAGAUAAUAUGUCCAGAAACCGAUUUUUCCUUCUAAGAAAUGCGAUUAAAUUUGUUUAUGAUGACGAAAUUAGUCGUGAUGUUCGUGAUAUGGACAGGUUGUGGAAAGUACGGCCGCUGCUGGAUAAAAUAUUAAAAGGCUGUGGAAUGCAAACAAAAGACGAAUGUCUUUCCAUUGACGAAAUGAUUGUACCGUUUACUGGCCAGUGUGGAUUGAAACAGUAUAUCCCAAAUAAGCCCAAUCCUACCGGACUAAAAAUUUUUGUUUUGGCAAAUCCUAAUGGCAUCGUUUGCGAUUUUAAUAUCUACCAAGGGAAUGCUACUUAUCCUAACUAUGAAAAUACAAAUUUUGGCUUAGGAGAGAAGGCCGUAUUAAAUUUAACAGAAGAGCUAGCUCCAGGACACAAAUUGUAUUUUGAUAGAUACUUCACUACUCAGCGUCUAGCAAAAGAACUAAUGCAACGAAACCUGCUAUGUACAGGAACUGUAAUGAAGAACCGAAUCCCUGUCUCUGCCAGGCAGUAUGUAAAAGAAGAUCGUGAGCUCAAGGUGGAAGGUAGAGGUUCAUGCCAAGUGCUAGUGAACGACUCUGAAAAUUUUGCUCUAACAAAAUGGUUAGACAAUAAAAGCGUAACUCUUCUGUCAACGGCUCAUGCAAAAGAACCAGAAGAUUCAUGCAGAAGAUGGAGCAAGGCGAACAAACAAUAUGUUCAAGUUUCUAGACCCAUGAAUAGUUCUUCAAAGUGUGACAAUCGUGUGUGA